AUGGCGUCCAGGGGUGGUGGAUCCAUAGGCCGAGGUGCAGGCAUGGCUCAGGGCAGCGCACCGGGAUCUCCACCACGACCUAUGCAGGGGCGAGUAGGGGAUGGACCGGGUGGAGCCGGCGCGAUCUUCGUUCGGGGGUUGCUUACCGUACCGGCGCCGACCUCUCGUCGCUCUUUCCGUUACGACGGCCCUCGGCCCCCUCCUUCGGGGCAGACGCCGACACAGCCGGAGAGCGGCAGUGAGGAGGAGGAUGAGGAGGAGGAUGGUGAGGGCGAGAAGGAGGAGAACACUGAGGGGAGCGGGGAUGACAGCGAGGCGGCGUGGGACCCAGAGACGCAUGGCGGUGGGGAGGGGGGAGAUGAUGAUGAUGAAGACCACGAGAUGGAUGGGUUGGAGCCAGAGGGGCGGGAGGAGGAGGUGGGAGAGGGUGGUGGAAGGGCGGCGACAGAGGCGGGAUCACAGCAUGUGCGUGAAGGGGGGGGGAGCGUGGGGGUUAAGGUGGGAGGGGGAAAGGCCGUGACCAUUAGGGAGCCGAAGCAGAGGAAGAAAGCGAAUAAGUUGAGAGAGCGGGCGUAUCCCUGCACGUUCACUGGGGAGCCCUUGGGCGAGGGUGUGAUUCCACCCGAGUUCCUAGACGAGGACGGAGGGUCCGAGAGUAGUAAGGGGACUAGCAAGGGUAAUAGGAGGCCGGGGUGGCAAGUUAUGAUGUUCGGACCGUUAGGGGCAGACGAUAAGCGUCAGUGCAAGAUUUGCACAGAUAGGAUUUCGUGGAAGCAAUCCACAACAACCCCGGGCGAGCGGCACUUUGCGAGCUUCCACACUGCGCACAUGCAUGUGUGGCAUCACCGUUACCACACCCCGUCGGUUCACUUGCCUGGGGAGACGUUUCCCCGAGGGGGCUACAAGGGAGUGCCGGAUGGCUACGUCUAUCAGUGGCCACAUGCCAAGACUUGGCCGCAGCUCGCCAAGGGGAAAGCGAUGGCAACUGGUGGAGGUGAUGGGUCAGGAGGGAUCGAGCGGUGGAUGACAGCAAAACUGACCUCGGUGCAGCUACGGCAGGCGAUCACGAAGCUGGUGGUCACCUGCGACCUCCCCUUCCGCAUCGUCGAGGCCGAGGCUUUUCGUGAGCUACUCAUCCUGUUGAACCGCAACUGCGCGCAAAAAAACUUCAUCCCCUCGCGCUGGACGGUUUCCCGCGACACAGUGGUCUAUGCGGCUGCUGCUCUUCAGUCAGCCAUCGCGGAGAUGCUGGCGAAGGAGGGGGAGCUGGGGUGCAGGGUGUCGUUCACCAUCGACAUGUGGACGUCACCCAACAACAGGGCGUGGCUGGUGGUAACGGGUCACUGGAUCGACGAGGGUUACCAGCUGCGCACAAUGGUGUUUGAAUUCCGGGAAAUUCACGGGCGGCACACGGGCAAGCAGAUGGCGAGGGUGGUUGAGGACACGGUGGUGCAGUGGGGGUUGGAGACGCGUUGUCUUGGGUUCACCUCAGACAACGCCUCUAGCAACACUGCCGCUUUCAGGUGGAUGUCGGAGGAGGGUGGUGGCCAGUGCUUCUUCAACUCGCGCAUGCACUUCCGGUGUUGUGUGCGUUUGAGGGCCACCCUCCGACCAGAGGUGCGUCUGAGGGCCACGCUCCGACCAGAGGUGGGGGACAAGCUGACGAGCCGGCACGGGCAGAAGGGAGUGAUUGGCCGCGUGCUGCCCUCCCACGACCUGCCCUGGUUCGAUGCCGUUGCCAGAAUCAGUUCCUCUUUUAAAGCCCCUGGUGCUUCUGGCGGUGCUGCUGCUGGUGCUGCCAGUGCUGCCGCUGCUGGUGCUGGUGCUCCUGCAAAUGCAAAUUCAACUGCUGCUGGCGCUGCAGCAGUGGGAGCCCCACUAGGAGUGGUGCCUGAUCUGGUGAUCAACCCACACGCGCUGCCCUCCCGCAUGACACUGGGGCAAGUCAUGGAAGCACUGUUCGCUAAGGUGGCAUGCUCCCCCGUGCAAGAGACAAGCGGCAAUAAGAGCAUCUCCUCCUUCUCCUCGGACCUUUGGGGGUCGGACCUUCUGUCCGAAGCACAGCAGCGGCUGCGCAGUUGCGGCUACUCUCCUCUUGACUUGGGCAAAGACAUUGCGUACUGUGGGGUGACAGGACAAGAGAUGGAGGGGAGGGUGUUUGUCGGCCCCACUCACUACCUGCGUCUGAAGCACCUGGCAGCCGACAAAAGAGCCACACGGGCCAUUGGGACCAAGCAGAUGACCACGCGCCAGCCCACCAAGGGCAGGGCGCAGCAGGGGGGCAUGCGGGUGGGGGAGAUGGAGAGGGACUGCCUGGUGGCGCACGGGGCAGCGCACUCCCUCUCUGAGCGCCUCUCGCUCCUCUCAGACGACACCGCUGUCGCUGUCCGUUGCUUUGGCUGCUUUUUUUCUCUCCUGACCCCCUUUUCCCUUCUCUUUCACCGCAUCCAACCCCACACAAUCCCUUCCAACCCCUUGCAGAUGACUACCCGACAGCCCACCAAGGGCAGGGCGCAGCAGGGGGGCAUCCGGGUGGGGGAGAUGGAGAGGGACUGCCUGGUGGCGCACGGGGCAGCGCACUCCCUCUCUGAGCGCCUCUCGCUCCUCUCAGACGACACCGCUGUCGCUGUCCGCUGCUUUGGCUGCUUUUUUUCUCUCCUGACCCCCUUUUCCCUUCUCUUUCACCGCAUCCAACCCCACACAAUCCCUUCCAACCCCUUGCAGAUGACUACCCGACAGCCCACCAAGGGCAGGGCGCAGCAGGGGGGCAUGCGGGUGGGGGAGAUGGAGAGAGACUGCAUGGUGGCUCACGGGGCAGCGCACUCCCUCUCUGAGCGCCUCUCGCUCCUCUCAGACGCCACCGCCGUUACUGUCUGCUCUGCCUGCCGCCUCAUCGCCACUGCGGCGGGUGGCUCUGGGGGAGGUGCACCUGGGGGAGGUGGUGGUGGUGGCAGCGGUUUUGAUGGUUAUGCUGCUGCUGGUGGUUUCGGUGGCUUUGGAGGAGAGGGGAGUGAUCGCCAUGGCCCUGGGUGCCAGUCGUGUGGAAGCAGCAGGAACACCACAGAGGUGUGCAUGCCGUAUGCUGUGAAGCUACUGUUUGAUGAGAUGAGGGCCAUGGGGAUUUCAGUGCGCGUGCAGCCAUCCCACUGCUGA